UUACUCGUCUAUGAACCGUAAGCAAACAACAGUAUGUAUAUAUGAUUCUUUCGAUUUGCGUCAGCCCAUGGAUCAACAAAGACAAAAAAGGAGUAGAGGAGAUGCCGGUUGUUCGAGUCGGACAUUUUAGCAGCGAGUAUUGCUGGCUGCCACCCCCUUAUGGAGAAAUCUACGUGGUUGUUGGAUUUCCUGUGUCUCGACGUUCGCUGUCAAUUGCACGCCUCUGACUGGACAGGGCGGGGUGAUGUUUUAGUUCCGGUAUAAUGGCAGCUCGAAAAUGGGAAACGUACGACAUGUAGAACCGAAACGCUUUUGUUUUACACCGGAGACAACAAUGGCAAUGUUUGCCGUCGCGGAGUAACAGCGUGGCAGGGGAGAAGUGUCAGAGAAUACAAUGAGGACGCUAUUUACGAUCUGUUGUCUGUUCCUUGUUACCGGCGAAGCGGACCGGGCGUGGGCCACUGUAAAUCAGACCGUCAACCACAGCAACCCCUCCAAUUUGACGGCAGAUAUCAGCAGGUAUAUCACGAUUGGAGACGGUUCGUCACAGGAAUUCGAGUUCCCUGAAAACACCAAGGGCGUGAUUGUAAUCUCCAGCCAAUACCGGAGCCCGAAAGCUAACAGGAAAGGCCGUCAGAGCUGGAAACAGACCGUGAAAGUGCGCUCCUUGGACCCAGAAGUCCUCUCCAUCCUGAAUGUGAGCGACAGUGGUCAUGCAGGACCUGGAAGGAGCUACAUUAUCGGUAUCCACUCCGGUUUCCCUGGAAGGGCUCAGCUUCAGAUCAAGCUGUUGGACCUGUCCCAGGACUCUUUGCCCAUUCUGAUCGAGGAGAGGACAGAUUACUGCAUCGUGGUGGCCCCUGGGAAUGAUGACCCAGCCACACAACUCAUCAGGUCAGGUGGACUGUCCCAUUUCUCAGAGAACCCUGUGCUAUUUGCAUUGCUUCCCCUCAUCUUUGUCAACAAGUGUGCCUUUGGAUGCAAGGUGGAGGUUGAGGUACUGAAAGCUCUACUGAAGAGCCCUGUACCUCUGCUCCUCGGGGUGUUGGGUCAGUUCCUGGUGAUGCCGUUGUAUGCUUACAGCAUGUCUCGGCUGGCCUCUCUACCCAAAGCGCUCUCACUCGGCCUGGUGAUCACAUGCUCUGCCCCGGGCGGCGGAGGCGGCUACCUUUACAGUCUGCUGCUAGGAGGAGACGUCACCCUCGCCAUCUCAAUGACCCUGGCGUCUACAGUGGUGGCGGCGGCAGCCAUGCCUCUGUCGUCCGCUCUGUAUGGUCAUCUGCUGGGGGUGCACGCUGCGCUGCAUGUGCCAUUUGUGAAGAUUUUCGGCACCCUCCUCUUCAUUGCCAUCCCAAUUUCUCUUGGCAUGCUGGUCAAGCUACGCCUGCCCGCCCUCACUCGUGUUUUGCUAGGACUCAUAAGGCCCUUCAGCUUUGUGCUCAUUAUUGGUGGAAUCUUCAUGGCCUACCAAAUGGGCGCAUCCAUAUUGGCCAACGUCAGGCCCCAGAUUGUGGCUGUCGGUUUGACAGUGCCAUUGCUCGGGUUGCUCGUUGGUGCGGUUCUGGCUAAAUUGGUGGGCAUGGCACCAACGCAGAGGAAGACGGUGAGCAUUGAGGUGGGCGUCCAGAACAGCUUGCUGGCCCUCGCCGUCAUGCAGCUAUCCUUCCGCCGGAUGGAGGCCGACUUUGUGUCACAAGCUCCUUUUAUUGUGGCCCUCAGCAGCACCUCUGAGAUGCUUCUCAUAGUUUUGGCAUAUUACACCCGGCACUGGUUGUGUGGGCCCUCUGUCACAAGUACGGGAAGUGACAACUGAUUGUAGAUGCAAUUUCUUGGGGAAAAAUAAACUUGCUAAACCUACCUGUGGGGAAAAAACAGCUUAUACCAUUUUGCAUGCCUGGUUGUUUUCAGUUAUGAGCAGAACACUCGGUGGGUGACUUUUUGUAAAUCGUCCUUUCAUAUUUUUCAUGUAAACCAAUGGCCUUAUACUCGCCUAAGCUCUUUUUGUCUCAUUUCUGUAAAUAUUAUCCUGUGAGCUACAUAGUGUAACAAUUCUGAAGAAAGAAAUACAUAUAGAAGAAAAUAUAUUUUUGUACUAAAUUACUUUUCUAAACAAAACACAAAGAUUGAUUUGUAUCAUGUUUACAAGUGGUUCAAUGUGUCUUAGUGGGAGGAUUGCGAACAAGAGUUUUGUGCUUUAAAUGAGAACAUAAUGAUGUUUUGAAAGUAUUUGUUAUUGAUUGUGUUUGGAUCUGUGUAUCCACAUACUUGAAUAUUAAGGAGGUGAAAUGGAAAAAAAUAAAAGCAUCAAUGAAACUGUUUUUACAGUGAUAUGUAUAUGAUUGUGAUAUAAUUCAAUUGAAAAUACUUUUGAAACUUUUGGAGAGGGGAAGUAUAAAAUAAACUGAAAUAAUGUGGUUG